AGAUGACGGGCGACCCAAUGUUUACAAACUUUGCUGGGCUGCAUUUUGCGAUCACAAACCUUUCAUGAUCUGGUUUUAACUGGAAAUCUGUAAACCGGGAUGGCGGGGCGAGGUCGGGGCAGAGGGAGCCACCGUGGACUGUCGUUCGACCCCGGCGCGUUAGGGUUUGGUAGAGGAGAGGGUCUCCCCCCUCCCACCCUACAGCCGCCGCCCAUCUAUCCACCCCUGGAGUUCAAGCCUGUCCCCCUACAGGAAGGAGAGGAGGCUAACUACCUGUUGGCACUCAAACAGGAGUUCCGUGGAUCCAUGAGGGAGUCUCCGUACUUCAUCAAACCUCAGAGUACCAAGAAAGAUAUUGAACGGUACUCAGACAAGUACCAGCUGAAUGGACAGAACAAAGGGCAGGGCCUGGGCUGGACACCAAAUUGGAACACUUUUCCCAAGGAGCUGAGAAUAAGAGAAAAGAAACCCAAGAGAUUAAAGCUUUCAGUAAAACCGUCAUUGGCAGGGACCAAGCUGAAGGCUAAAGGACAAAAAGGUGACACAAAGGAGGCAGAGAACAAGUUAAAGCGAAUCCUGCAGGCUGAGGAGGAGGGGGAUGAGGAUGAUGAUGAAGAUGAGGAGGAGAAGAAGAAGAAGGAGGCUGAGGGGGAGGAGGAGGAAGAGGAGGAGUUCUAUGAUGAUGAGGACAUAGAGGAGGGGACCGACUAUGCCUUGUCAUACUUUGACAAUGGAGAGGACUACCUAGAUGCUGACGAUGAUGCUUUGGAAGAUGGGCCAGUAUAUUAGCAACACUCCCCCCUCAUUUGGAGCAAUAGAACAGCCUGCUCUGGACCAGUAUAAAGUGAUUGGACUGUACCAUUCUGUGCUCAAGGGAGUGUCAUAGGCAUGUAAUAUUGUGACUGUUCUUGAAUGACACCGAGCUGAAGAGUACAGUGCUGAAUGAUACAGCAGUGGUGUCAGAUUUGACGUCGGUUGUCAAUAUUUAUUACAUUUUACAACAAUUUUGAGUUUGCAUCAAGUUCAGGGACUGAGGAUGAAGAUUCCUGGUGGACAGAUUUUUGUGAGAAGUUCAAAACGAUAUGUGAGUGUGAAAGAAAGAUCAGUGAAG